AUGGCGGAAGAGCACCGCUGCCAAGCUCAGCCGGAGGGUCCGCGCCUCUGCGCGAACAACUGCGGGUUCUUCGGCAGCCCCGCCACCCUUAACCUAUGUUCCAAGUGCUACCGCGACUACUGCCUCAAGGAGGAGCAGGAGGCCUCCGCCAAGGAAAUCGUCGGCAAGUCCCUCCUCAUACCGACCCCCACCGCCUUCCCGGAUACCUCUUCCAACGCGGUAGCCCCAAAUCCAUCCGCCGCGGUGCCUUGUCCGCCAUUCCAGACAGCGGAGGAGCCGAUCUCCACCUCCUUGGUGUCCCCCCCCACCGGCGGCUCCUCUGCCGACGCCGCCCCUCCGCCACGGCUGGGGCGGUGCACGGCGUGCAAUAGGAAGGUGGGACUGACGGGGUUCAGAUGUCGGUGCGGGGAGACGUUCUGCGGCUCCCACCGCUACCCGGAGCAGCACGCGUGCAGCUUCGACUUCAAGUCCGCCGGCCGCGACGCCAUCGCCCGGGCCAACCCCGUCGUCAAGUCUGACAAGCUCGACAAGAUCUAA